AUGAAACGCCCUGCCGAGUCGGAUGAGACGGCUGAACCGGCAGCCAAGAAAGCAGCUGUUGAGGAUUUCUCCUCCGUGUUGGCUGAGCUGAAGAGCAGCGAGGACCUGGUCCCCUGCUUCCUCCGCAAGGAGAUUCUGGGCAAGGAGAUCCAGGAGGAAAGGGUCGGCAAGCUGCUUGAGCAUCUUUCCGCCUUGGUGGGAACCUCCAACGGGAAAACCACCUGCAUGGCCCAUUUCCAAUCUUGCUCGCCUGAUGCAGUGAGACCGACCAAAGGGCACGUCCACAUCUGUAUGCUCAAUUUUCUGACUGAGCGAGGAUAUGGUUUUGAGGUGACGGUGUCUGAUUGUGUGCCCUUUGCUCAAGACAUCCUGUCUGGACAUUGUUCCCAGAUACUGGAGAUUGAAACCCUCGAGGGCAAGGGCGACGAUGCUUUGAAUCCUCGCGAUAAGAUGUUUUUGGGCUAUGCAGCCGGAGGUGCAUUUGUCAACAGUUUGAUGCUGGGCAGCCUCGGCCUCAUCGCCCUGGUCUGCUUGACCUUCUCUGCGAAGGCGAAAGAGUUGCCGGCGUCCGUGACUGAGAUCCUGUCGCAGGUGCCCGUUGUUUGCCCCAGCAGAGGCAAGGGGCAGACACCGCAGGACCGCACUGUGAAUGCACUGCACAAGACGUUGAAGGCGUCGCAGUACAACCGGCGCCUGACCCUUGUUAUGAUUGCUUCCACGCUACGAAGAUCCUUGGAAGCCAGGCUUGCCAAGAUCUCGCCUGACAAGGACACCGACUUGGCUUCGGACUCCGUCAUGCGGGAGAUCAGGGCCAUCAUUAAGGCCUUCAACAACAAAGCCUCGUUCAUGCCGAAGUCUCAGGUCAAACCGCGGGGAGAAUGGGCCCUGCGACACUCCCUUUCCGCCAAGCAUAUGCCUGACGAGGCCGGGUGUCUCAAAACUAUUACAUCAAAGUCACACCGUCUGUGUGCCCAGGUUUGGCAUCGGGUCCUGCAAGUCUCCCGUUCCGCUUACUGGAACGACCACCUCCUGGAGACUCGCAGCUUCUUCGUGGGUUUGAGUGCGUCCAGCCCUCAGACUUUGCCUCCUCAAAUCUCCUCUCCUGAUGUAUGCUUUCUGUCUGACGCUUGUGUGAUGUCCCCUGCUCGUUUGGCAAAUGUCAGGCGUGACGUGGCACACGAAGAGAUGGAACAAUUGUACAAGGCCACGACUGAGACCUCUUUUUACAUCCUGCAGAGAAUUCAGUCGGGAAAAGUACCGGGCUGCGACUUGGACAAGCCCAUCCCGACCAGCCUGAUCUCCAGCUUCGUCUCCAGAGUUUGCAUUGUCUUCAGCAUUGCGAGAACAGUGCUGGAUCCGAUUUCCACUGACUUCGGACACAAGCUCUUGGAGAACUUCGAGGCCGGUCGCCUGAGUGCUCGCCUGGACGACCUGGCCACCAUGCCUGAGAUGGCUGAGAACGCCGAAGCGGAAAAGGAGAAAGAAACCGCGGAACAGGAAGCUGUGCAGGAGGCUGAGGAAAAGCUCUGCCUCGCGAACCUCAAGCAUGAUUGGGAGAUCUACGAGGCAUGUGCUUGCUUUCUUUUUUUCAAAUUGCCCACAAUUACUCCGCCCAGUCAAAGACGAAUGCUUUGCCGCCAGGCUUGGCACUGUACGUCUGCCGUGACCAUGGAUGAGUGGAGAGAUAGCCAGCAAUCCUGGCAGAAGGACUUUUUCAUGUUUCGCGACCUUGCAGACUUCUGCUUAAUUGCUUUACAUGCUGUGCUUCUUUAA